GCAGCUCAACUUAAGCGUGAGGAGAAGAGGUCCACCUAGAAAGAACAUUGGUUUCAGAAGAUCAGUCCUUGCCCAUUUCUCUGCCAUGGCUCAACCGUUUCUCUUCCUCCUCUUCCUCCUCAGCUUCUUCACUGGUUCCUUGGCCCAGUUCACGCUGACUCAACCACCUUCUGUGUCGGUAUCCUCAGGAGGAACAGUCAGGAUCACCUGUACCAGGGCAGGUGGUAGUUUUUCUGACCACUAUGUGUACUGGUAUCAGCAGAAACCUGGCUCUAAACCCCUAGCAGUGAUCAUUGAAGAUAGUGAGAGACCUUCUGGAAUCCCUGAGCGGUUUUCUGGUUCUGUUGAUCUUUCCUCUAAAACAGCCACCUUGUCCAUCUCUAACGUUCAACCAGAAGAUGAGGCUGACUAUUACUGUUUCUCUGGUGAAAAUAAUCAGUGCACACUCAAUUUAAGCAUGACUAGAAGAGGUCCACCUAGAAGGAACGUUGGUUUCAGAAGAUCAGUCCUUGCUCAUUUCUCUGCCAUGGCCCAACCGUUUCUUUUCCUCCUCUUCCUCCUCACCUUCUUCAGUGGUGCCUUGGCCCAGUUCACAAUGACUCAACCACCUUCUGUGUCAGUAUCCCCUGGAGGGACAGUCAGGAUCACCUGUACCAGGACAGGGGGUAGCUUUUCUGACUACUAUGUGAGCUGGUAUCAGCAGAAACCUGGCACUAAACCCCUAGCAGUGAUCUAUAAAGAUAGUGAGAGGCCGUCUGGAAUCCCUGAGCGGUUUUCGGAUUCUUACGAUUCUUCCUCCAAUUCGGCCACAUUGACCAUCUCCAACGUUCAACCAGAAGAUGAGGCUGACUAUUACUGUUUGACUUAUGAUGGCAAUAAUCAGUGCACAGUGAUUGCACUUGAUGGGGAACUGUGA